UUUGGAUCGUUUAGAAAUGCGCUUUGAUAUUUCAUGUAAUCACUAUUAUGUUAAGAUUCCCGUGUUGCCGAUUCCAAUUAUUGGCAACACGAUGCUUAAAUUUAAUAACAACAACAUUACAAUAUUGCCAAACAACACUGUUGAUGGCUACGCCGAAGCGCGGGAAUUGCAUUUGCUUAAUAAUCAACUCCAAAACUUAACUGUUGAUCAAUUGCCAACAAAUUUGACAUAUUUAGACUUGCGCAACAAUCGUCUAGAAAAACUUGAUGAACAAGUUCUGGAAUUUCUUUGGAAUCGAUCAAGCAGUUUAAGCAUUAAGCUAUCAGGCAAUCCAUGGAUCUGCGACUGCAACGCCAAGAAUCUUAUAGAAUUUGUUUUGAAGUAUCCCAAGAUCGAGGAUCGAGAUGGUAUCGAGUGCAGUGAUCCCGAUAUUGGACACAUGUUAAGCAUUGGAUAUGAUAUUUGCGAUCCAUAUGCUAAUUAUGUCAAAGGAAUUAUCAUAAUUGGACAAAACAUCUUAAUGUGGCUAUAUGAAAAUGGAUAUUGUCUUUGGUGGAUUUCCCGCUCGGAACCUGAAGAAAGUCUUCUUACGAAACACGAUGCAUUUCUAGCGUUUUGUCAUGUGGAUUUAAAAUAUGCUGAGGAAUUCGUUGAGGCACUGGAGAACGGAGCCAAGAAAUAUAAAGUAUGUUAUUACAAUCGUGAUUGGUUGCCAGGUGAAUCGAUUCCCGAAUGCAUAUUGAGCUCUAUCGAAGAAUCCAAGAGAACCAUUAUAUUGUUGACGCAAGACUUUAUCAACUCGUCGUGGGGUCGCUUUGAGUUUCGUUCUGCGAUUAAAGCCAAUUCGCUUCAUAAUAAGAAACGACUUAUCGUGAUAUUAUAUCCGAAUGUGGAUAUUAAUAACCUAGACUCGGAUUUGAAGUCUUAUUUGAAGUACAACACUUAUUUGAAUCGAGAUGAUUCCCAAUUUUGGAGAAAGCUAAUGUUUGCGAUGCCUCACAACCAAAUGCUAAGGAAUGUUUCAGAAGAUGCCUUGUAG